AUGCGUAAACCGACGUUCGCAGCCACCUUCAGUGCCAUUGCGUCAACGCUGACUAUGGCAAUCGAUGAUCCACACGAUGUUGAGGGCACAUUCAGAGGCUACGAGGUGUUGAUGAAGGUGGGUGGUGUUGUCUCGCCAACACCGUGGCAAUCAGUGGCCAACCUAUCCGCUUCGAGACGAUACUACAGUGUGGAGGGCAUUCAACCUCUCUCAACACAUACGGUCACCGUGCGUGGACACCUCUCCUCCAAACGCUUCAGUGCUCUCGCUGACCCAGUGGAGUUCAUGGGAGUUGAUAAAGCUCUCUCUGCUCCCCAACAUGUGCAACUGGUGGCCCUCGACUCUCACAGGGUGCACAUCACAUGGCAGCCACCUCUUCACGCCUACGGUCGCAUCACACGCUACGCCAUCGCAUGGCGUGUCGACAACAUCGCCAAACCAUCAAUCUACCUCUACAAGGAGACCAACUACACCUUCACCACCUUGCGACCUGGACAAACCAUUUCUGCUUCCGUUGCUGCAACCAGUCGGCCUGACUCGUCCAUGAACAUUCAGCUCCACGGUGAUGCCUCUCCAUAUGCAUCCGCAAGCACACCACUCCCCGUGGAAGGUGGGUAG